AUGAAAUACAGUACGAAUAUAAUUAAGAAGGGAAUUCUUUCCAGAUAUUGCUCCAAUAUUUAUGGUAUGCAAUACAUUCCUCGUGCUAGAUAUUUUUUAACUUUUUGUAAAAAUGAAAAGUGUAAUACCAUGUUGAAAAAAUACCACCCUUUCAGUACAUCCAAAAUGUCUGAUAAUGCACAUUACAAAGGGGAAGAUAUGAAUAAAAUGAAAAAUGAGAAAAAUAAAACAAAUAAAACAAAUGAAGCAAAUGAAACAAAUGAAACAAAUGAAACAAUUGAAAAUUCAGCUAGCUCGCCCACUGAAGGGAAAAAAAAAAAAAACAGCCUGAACGAGUCAGAAGAAGCGAAUGAAAAAAAAGAAGACAUAAAUUAUGAAGAUUUUAAUAAAAUAGAUUUAAUAAAUGAAAUUAAAAAAACUAAAAGAGAUAUGGAAGAAAAAAUGGUAGAUAAUAAAGUAUUGAAAGAAAAAUACUUAUCUGUGUUAGCAGAAAAUGAGAAUUUAAGAAAUCGUUAUAUGAAAGAAAUAGAAACUAGUAAAUUAUAUUGUAUUAGUAAUUUUGCAAAAUCAUUACUUGAUGUAGCAGACAAUUUAUCAUUAGCUAUUAAAAAUAUAAAUGAAGAAUCUUUAAAAACAAAUGAAGAAAUUAAUAAUAUAUACAAAGGUAUAGAAAUGACUGAAACGAUUCUUCAUAAUAUUUUUAAUAAAUAUGGAAUUGACAAAUAUAAUCCUAUAAAUGAAAAAUUUAAUCCACAAUUACAUGAAGCAAUAUUUGAAAUUAAUGACAGUACAAAAGAAAAGGGAACCGUAGCAACUGUUAUUCAGCAUGGAUAUAAAAUAAAGGACCGAAUAUUAAGAGCUGCCAAAGUUGGAGUGGUUAAAAAUUAA